ACUCAAUAUCCAGAUAUAUAUGUACAUACAUACAUGUCUGUAUAUAUGUGUAUAUAUACUUAUUUGUCCAGAAAGUAUAUUAUUUGAAGGCGUAAUCUCUUUGAUAUCAUCGUUAGGAAUUUGAAGAGAGGAGAGAGAAUUUUCACGGAGCGUUUUCACAUAGAAUCAAAAGUUAGGGUUUUGCUAAAUUGAUUUUGGUUCAUUUACAAAUUCAAUAUUAGAUAAUUUGAUUCGACAGAUCCCGACGACGACGAUUUGGUCUCACAAUUGUUUAUUGUUGCCUGAAUCUGGGCUACAGUUGAACCUGCCUGCAUUUGACGAUUAUGAUCAAAUUCAAUUGAAUUUUAGAAUUUGUGAAUUUGAAUCUCUUUUGCGUCCGACCACUUUCAUGCGUUGCUUUGAAUUUGAUUUUUCCCCUACUUCAUUGAUUUCUAGAUCUUGAAAAUUGGCUCCCCAACGCCGAUCACAGCGCCACAUGGGUGGCCAGAUGCAACAGAGCAAUGUUGCAGCCACUGCUCUGUACGAGCACCCCAGUGGAGGGGCCAUGCACAAUGUGGGUCCCGCCAACGAUGCUGGAGAUGCUGUCAUGGCACGGUGGCUUCAGUCUGCUGGGUUGCAGCAUCUGGCCUCGCCCUUGGCUUCCACCAGUAUCGACCAUCGCCUCCUACCAAACCUCCUCAUGCAGGGUUAUGGAGCGCAAUCUUCUGAAGAGAAACAAAGGCUUUUCAAAUUAAUGAGGAAUCUCAAUUUUGGUGGAGAAUCUGGUUCUGAGCCAUACAUUCCAACUGCCCAAAGUUUGGGCGGAAUAGCCACAUCAGAUGCUUUCUUCUCUCCCGAGUUCAGAAGUGAUUUUGGAGCAGGGCUUUUGGAUCUUCAUGCUGUGGAUGACACAGAGCUUCUAUCUGAGCAUGUUAUAUCAGAACCAUUUGAGCCAUCGCCUUUUAUGCCUGCUGUCACAAAAGCAUUUGACAGUGACUUCAAUGUGACAACCAGCAGGCAGCAAAAAGGGCAAACAGAUACUGAUGCUUCAGUUGGAUUACCAAUAAAUGAAAAAGAGAACAAUACAAGGGAAAACAAUGUGGCUAAGAUCAAAGUUGUGGUGCGUAAAAGACCUUUAAACAAGAAGGAAAUUGCUCGGAAGGAGGAGGACAUUGUGACUGUGUACGACAAUGCUUAUUUAAUUGUCCAUGAACCCAAGCUAAAGGUGGACUUGACUGCUUAUGUGGAGAAGCAUGAGUUCUGUUUUGAUGCUGUUCUAGAUGAGCUAGUAACCAAUGAUGAGGUAUAUCGAGUUACCGUAGAGCCAAUUAUCCCUACCAUUUUUCAGCGAACAAAAGCAACAUGUUUUGCAUAUGGUCAAACGGGGAGUGGUAAGACGUUUACGAUGCAACCAUUACCUCUGAGAGCUGUAGAAGAUCUCCUCAGAUUGUUGCAUCAGCCAACUUACCGCAGUCAGAGAUUCAAGUUGUGGCUUAGCUUUUUUGAGAUAUACGGCGGGAAACUCUUUGAUCUUCUCAGUGAUAGGAAGAAGCUUUGUAUGAGAGAAGAUGGACGGCAACAAGUUUGCAUUGUUGGACUGCAAGAAUUUGAAGUUUCAGAUGUACAGAUUGUUAAAGAAUUUAUUGAUAGGGGAAAUGCAGCAAGAAGUACUGGCUCUACUGGUGCCAACGAGGAAUCUUCAAGGUCACAUGCGAUUUUACAACUUGUUGUUAAAAAGCACAAUGAGAUAAAAGACUCCAAGAGGAACAAUGAUGCAAAUGAGUCUAAGGGUGGGAAGGUUGUGGGGAAGAUUUCUUUUAUUGAUCUUGCUGGUAGUGAAAGAGGUGCCGACACAACUGAUAAUGACCGACAAACAAGGAUUGAGGGAGCUGAAAUCAACAAGAGUCUUUUGGCUCUAAAGGAGUGUAUUCGUGCUCUUGACAAUGAUCAGAUUCAUAUUCCAUUUCGUGGGAGCAAACUUACUGAGGUGCUUCGUGAUUCCUUUGUUGGCAAUUCAAGGACUGUGAUGAUAUCUUGCAUUUCUCCAAAUGCUGGUUCAUGUGAACAUACACUUAAUACUUUGAGAUACGCUGAUAGGGUUAAAAGUCUUUCCAAAAGUGGAAAUGUGAAAAAGGAUCAAGUUGCGAGUUCAUUACCACCCCCUAAUAAGGAAUCUUCAUCUGCAUCAUCUUUUCCCGUUUCUGCUGACGUGGAGGAUGUUUAUGAGCAGCAUCAAGAAGUUAAAGCAGUGGAUGCAGGUAGAACGGCUGUAGAGAGAGAAAAUCCUGUUGAUUUUGGCAAACAACCUUCUGGUUUUCCAUCAAAGUAUCCCUUGAACGGGCGGGAGGAAAGCAGUGUGACUUCUGGAACCGCUGAAAAGGAGAAGGUUGAAAUGAAAAAUACUUUUGGUGGUUCUACAACUACAACAACCGCCACCAAGCCUUCUACAGCUCAAAAACUAUAUUCAUCAUAUUCCCAAAAUUCAGUUGACACAGAAGAGAAAAUGCAGAAGGUUGAAUUGAAAAAUACUUUUGGUGGUUCUACAACUACAACAACAACCAAGCCUUCUACAACUCAAAAGUUAUAUUCAUCAUAUUCCCAAAAUUCAGUUGAUACAGAAGAGAGAGUGCAGAAGGUUGAGAUGAAAAAUACUUUUGGUGGUUCUACAACUACAACAACAACAACCAAGCCUUCAACAACUCAAAGACUAUAUUCCCAAAAUUCAGUUGAUACAGAAGAGAAAGUGCAGAAGGCGUCAUCACCUCGGAAGAGAGCUUACAGGGAUGAAAAAUUGGAAAAGCUGGGAAACUGGGUGAGAAGAGAUGGUAGUGGAUUGGAAAUUCCUACCCCAAGUUAUAAGCAGCAGAAUAAGAGCAAUUCUGAUGAAAACAAUGUGGGGCCCAAGCAAUAUGAACCUGAACCAGCGCUUCAUGAUGGGAAUAUCAAUGAAAUACUUGAGGAAGAAGAGGCCCUAAUUGCAGCCCAUAGAAAAGAAAUUGAAAAUACAAUGGAGAUUGUUCGUGAAGAGAUGAAAUUGUUGGCGGAAGUAGAUCAACCAGGAAGCCGCAUUGACAAUUAUGUGUCACAGUUGAGUUUUGUGCUCUCGCGCAAAGCAGCAGGUCUGGUCGGUCUACAAGCUCGCCUGGCCAGGUUCCAGCAUCGACUAAAAGAACAGGAGAUACUGAGUAGGAAGAGAGUACCCCGUUAAGUACCUACUUUGCCUCUCUGAUGAACCAAAUGGCAUAAUCACCUAUUCCUUGUGUAUCUUACCGAAAUACAUCACUGGAAAAUCUGAAUUUGGAGCAAUUUGUGCAAUUUUCAUAUUCUGUUUUUGUUAUUUACCCCGGUGCUGAAGCAGGAAGCUGUUUUUCAGUCAUUUUAGGAGGAGGAACCAAAGGCACUGCAGAGCUCCACUGUAUGUCUGUCUUGUAUUCAAGCGAUUAGCGGACCGCAUCCAGACUUGUGGCUUAGACAAUCAUGGUGGGGAUUUAUGGCUGUUGGUGGUGGUUGUUUGAUCAAGUGUAAUAAUAUUUCAGAUAAGUCUGAUGUGUUCUUGUCGAGUCCAAUGGGUUUCUUGACUUUGGCCUUUUGAUGGUGACCCUGUAUAAUGUUUCCAUAGGACAUAUGUUUCAAGAAAAGAAGUGAAAAAAAGACAGUUGAUGAUUUCCAUGACCUCUCACAGAAUUGCAUUUGUUUUUUAUUUUGCAAGUAUUUUGGUUUGUCUAGCACUCGAUUUGAAUCGUUUGUAUAUAAAUGAUUUGCAUUCAAAUAGAACCACAAGGCUAUUGUCCUUCCUGUUAAUUAAACGUCA